AUGAGUCAGCUUAAGCUUCCUCCCAAGGUGUUGAAUUUUCUGUGGAGGGCAUCCUCUAACAGUCUCCCAAAAUCGGUUCCAGCUUUCGUCAAGACAUCCGAAGUCAUUGAGGCUGCUAUGACUUUUUGGUCAAUUUGGACUCACCGUAAUGACCUGAUUUGGAACUCUAAGCAACCAGUCUCUAGGGACGUGGUGACAUUGGCUAAACUGAAUUAUAUAGACUGGUUUAAUGCUCAACAACACAAUGUUACUACUGCACCCGUUGAUGGCCUGAAUGGGCGUUAUGGUGUGGGGUUUGAUGCAAGGACUGCUGCUGGUUUAGUGUUGGAAGCGAGAGUUAUUUCCAAAAGUGGCUAUUUGCAGCCUCAUGUGGUCGAAGCUAUUGGCAUCAAGGAGGCGCUAUCUUGGAGUGAAGCGAAUGGAUGGCCUAAGGUGGUCAUUGAGUCAGAUUGUUUAAGAGUUAUUAAUGAUUUGCAAAAGUUUAAACAUAUGGUUUCUCCUCAUGGCCAUAUUCUUUAUGAUUGUAAGAAUUUAAUUGCUGAUUUUGUUGAUGUUUCUUUUAAUUUUGUUAAGCGGACUGCUAAUAAGGUUGCGCAUGCUUUGACGCGAUCUUUUUUUUGUGAGGCUGACCGUACUUUCAGUGGGGAUACCCUACCUUCUGUGAUUGCAUCUUUGGUUUUGGAUAAUUUGAGUUAA